CCAAAAACUCGACCUUUUCUAUGGAAUGUAUGAUCUAGAUUCUCGUGGUUUUGUAGAAACUUUAAAAUUAUGUAACGAAGAACCCAAUAACGCGAACACGACCCAAGGGACUUCUGUGUUGCUGAAAGUGUACAACGACAUAAAGGGAGAACAAUGCACCUUUGAGGAUGGAAUGGACAAAAAGUUAAUCGAAUGCGUCAACAAGGAACUCGGAUUUAAACCACCGCUAACAGCUGAAGAAGCGAAAAAUCAUUUUGGACGAAAUGGCACACGCGCUUUACGCUUUGAGGAUCAAGAAUGUAAAAAUUCAGAAAACUUACGAAAAUGUGUGGUAAAAACAUUUGCAGAAAAGCAUGUGGCACCUGAGCUCUUAAAAUGUAAGGAGAGCAUCAUCCGCGGAUUUAACAUAACAAAAAAUAUAUGCCAACAAAAGGCUAAAGUCCCUGACGCUGGAGGCAGUGGCAUGAAGUCUUUACCUUCAGACAUAUUCAUUUUGGGCACUGCAGUAAUGCUGAUUAAACUAACACUUUCAAUAAUUUAAUAACAAUAAACUGUGAACAGAUUCUUUAGUUAACGCUAAAAAAUUGUAGGUACGUAACAUGGUCUAAUAAAACAUGGUCUUCUAUUCCCAGAGUGACACAGGCCUACGUCACAAUAACAUGGCCGCUAUAUAUAGCGCUAUCGCAUAUUAUCAUAUAGCGCUGUCGCAUGAUGACGUAGGCUUGUGUCAGUUAGGUGACCUAGAAAAGACGGGAAUAGAGUACCAGUAAGA